AUUGGCCCCUGGAUCGGGCCCAUCAAGCCGCCGUGGUUCAUUGAUUCCACCAGAAGAGCCAGGACGACGACCAAGUUUGAUAAUCAGCGAUGAGAGACGUCGCCCGUCAAUUGAUAUGCGACGACCAAGCGUACAAGAUCUUGAGGAUAAAAUUAAUCAACCAUCAACACCAUUACGAGACAUCGGUGAACCAGGACCACCCCAAAUCGUGGACGUACAAGAAAGUUACUCAGCAGUUGAAGAUCAAACUGGAUACAUUAGUGUUCAAGUUGAAGGAUCGCCGGCACCAACAUUUAAAUUCUACAAAGGUGUAACAGAAAUCAUUGAGGGUGGUCGCUUUAAAUUUCUCACCGAUGGUGAAUCCAAUACAAUUACACUUUGUAUGCGCAAAGUCAAACCAAACGAUGAAGGCAAAUACAAAAUUGUCAUUUCAAACAUUCAUGGAGAAGAUUCCGCCGAAAUGCAAAUGUAUGUGUCAGAUUCAAGUGGAAUGGACUUCCGUGCUAUGUUGAAAAAACGCAAGUAUGCCAAAUGGGGUCAACCAAAGGAUGAUCCAGACUGGGGUGAUCUAAAAGAGGUUGAAAAACCAAUUCCAGCCUUAAAGAAAGUCGAAAAGAAACAAGAUAAUUUCUUGAGCCCACUACUGGAUCAACAAGCAAAAGAAGGGAAAGACAAAAAGGUUGUGUUUGAGGCGAAAUUCUCAAAACCAAACGCCAAACCGAAAUGGUUUUGCCGUAAGGAUGAAUUAUUCACUGGUUCGAAGUACAAAUUUAAGAAUGAAGCCGAUGUCUAUCAAUUAAUUAUUAUGAAUCCAAAAGUGGAGGAUACAGCCAAAUAUACAAUAGAUAUUAGUGGCGUUCAAUCUACCGCUUUCUUGAAUGUCGAAGAGCCAGAUCCAUCAUAUACAUUCACCAAGCCAUUGAAGAAGAAGUAUGAUGGUUUUACCAAACACGAAUUGACGAUGGAAUGUACAGUCAGCAGUUCAAUGGCCAAUGUUGCAUGGUAUAAGGGUGAUAAAAAAUUAUCUAACGACGAUAAAUAUUUGAUCGGUAAAGAAUUGUCAGGUGUUUGCAAAUUGCAAAUCAGGAACUGUGAUUUGGAUGACACAGGCGAUUAUAGAUGCCAACUUGAAAGACAAGAUGAUAAAACUGAAACUAAAGUUAAAGUUGUUGAAUAUCCGUACAAGUUCGUUAAAGUCCUUAAGUCACAACAGCUUAUUGAAAAGGACAAUGUUACAUUGGCCUGUGAGUUGGAUGAUGCUGGUGGUGACGUAACAUGGUUUAAGGAUGGUGAAGAAAUUAAACCAGAGGAAUCAAAACGCAUCCAAGCCGUUAAAGAUGGUCGCAAACGCAAACUCGUCAUCAAAGAUGCAAAAGUAUCGGAUGCUGGUCAAUACUCUUGCGUCAGUAACGCUGACAAGACACAAGCCGAACUCAUUAUUAACUAUCAAAAUAAGUUUAACAAGAAACUUAAAGAUACAGUGGCAAUUGAACGUGAAAAAUUGGUGCUAGAAAUUGAAUUACAAGAUCAAACUGCACCAGCAGAAUGGAAGUUUAACGGUGAGCCCAUUGUGCUGCCGAGCGAUCGUAUUGAAAUAAAGAAUUUGGGUGGUGGCAAACAUCAAUUGGUUUUCAAUAACUUGGAAAUGGCUGACAACGGUGAAAUUUCAGUUGACUCAGGAAAGUUGAACUCAUCGUGUAAACUCACAGUUCAAAAAGGUGAAAGUAAGCCCCAAAUAAAUGCACCCAGCGACUUCGAGGGACCAAUCAGUGCACCGAUCGUUCUUGCAGUGCCAUUCAAAAUUGACGGCACAAAACAAACUCCUAUCGAAGCUAAACUGCUUAAAGAAGAUGGAAAACCAUUACCAUCUAAAGAUGUUGAAGUACAAGUUAAAGAUGAUAAAGUCAUUUUUAAGAUCAAGAAACCUACACGUGAUCAAUCCGGUGCAUAUCAAAUUAAAUUGUCGAAUGGUCAAGGUGAUGAUGUGAAAGAUGUCAACAUCACAAUGCAGGACGUUCCAAAUUCACCAGAAGAUGUUGAUGUGCGUGAAGUGUUUGAAAAAUCAUGCAUUGUUUAUUGGAAAGCACCAAAAGACGAUGGCGGUGCACCACUUCAAAAGUAUAUUAUUGAACGUCAAGAUCUCUCCUUAAAGAAAGGCUGGGAGAAUGUUGGCGAAGUGCCGGCUGCUAAUAAGCCAACUACUUUCAAAGCCGAAGAUCUUACACCAAAGAAAACAUAUAAAUUCCGUAUUCGUGCUGUUAACAAAAUCGGUCCAAGUGAACCGGCCACAUUUAAGAACAACAUUUUGGCUAAAGAUCCAUGGGAUGAACCAAGCAAACCAAAUAAUGUUGAGGUAACCGACUGGGAUAAAGAUCAUGCAGACAUCACAUGGACUAAACCAGAUACUGAUGGUGGUGCCGAAAUUUUUGAAUACAUAAUUGAAGUGAAAGACAAAUUCAGCAAAGAUUGGGUUAAAAAGAAGCGAGUUCCCGCUUCAGAAACAUCGACAACUGUGGAUGAUCUCAAAGAUGGUCAGCAAUAUGAGUUCCGGGUACGAGCCGUUAACAAGGCUGGUCCUGGUGAACCUAGUGAUGCAACCAAACCAAUUAUUGCUAAAUGCCGAUUCGUCAAACCAUUCAUUAUUGGUGAUGAAUUAAAACCAAUCAUCAUCAAAAAGGGUCAACAAUUCAAGUACGACAUUCGUUACGGUGGUGAGCCCGAACCAGAAGUUAAAUGGGAAAAAGAUGGCAAGGAAGUCACAUCUGAUGGUGAUCGUAUAACAAUUGAAAAACCACCAGAACGGAACACCAUUAUGACCGUUCGCAAAGGUGUUCGUAGUGAUUCUGGUAAAUACAAGCUCAUUUUGACAAACAGUAGUGGAACGAUUGAAUCGGUUGGUGAUGUUGUUGUGCUCGACAAGCCAUCUCCACCAAAGGGACCACUUGUACCAGAAGAGAUUCGUGCCAAUCAUGUCAAAGUCAAGUGGCAAAAACCGGAAGAUACCGGUGGCACCGAUAUUACUGGCUAUGUUUUAGAAAAAAUGGAUAUGGACACUGGACGAUGGAUUCCAGCUGGUGAAUGUGGCCCGGAUGACGAUACUUUUACGUUCAAUGGGCUUACACCAAAUAAAAAAUAUAAGUUCCGUGUUCGUGCCAAAAAUAAAGAAGGUGAAUCAGAACCAUUGGAAACAACUGAUGCCAUCGUUGCGAAGAAUCCAUAUGACGAACCAAGCAAACCUGGUAAACCUAACAUCAUUGAUUAUGACAAUGUUAGUGUUACAUUGAAUUGGGCAAAACCAGAAAAAGAUGGCGGUAGACCAAUUAUUCAUUACACUAUUGAAAUGAAGAGCAAAUUUUCGCCAGAAUGGUCGGAAGUAUUAAAAACAUUAGAUGACACAUGUGAAGCUGUUGUGGAUGGGCUUAAAGAAAAUUUGACAUAUCAAUUCCGUGUAAAAGCCCACAAUAAAGCUGGUGCAUCAGAAGCAUCUGAGCCAACUGAUAACCAUCUAUGCAAAUAUAAGAACCUAAAACCACGCAUCGAUCGAAAUACAUUCAAACAAGUUACAAUCAAAGCUGGCCGUACACACAAAUGGUCUGUUGAUGUUAUCGGCGAGCCUGUACCAGAAAUGAUUUGGAGUUGGCGUGAUGAUAUUCCGCUGGUUUCAACAGAACGUAUCAAGGUUGAAAAUAAAGACUAUCACACCGAUUUCUCAAUUAUUAACGUACAACGUAACGAUACGGGGAAAUAUAAGCUUAAAGCCACUAACCGUAAUGGAAGUGAUGAAGAAAUCGUUGACCUAAUUGUGUUAGGACGGCCAGGCACACCAAAGGGACCAUUAGAAGUAAAUGAUGUUCAUGAAAAGGGAUGCAAACUCAAGUGGAAGAAACCGGAAGAUGACGGUGGUGUUCCGAUAAAGGAAUACGAAAUUGAAAAAAUGGACACCGCGACUGGUAAAUGGGUGCGUGUUGGUAAAGUUCCAGCUUCUUCAGGCGGCGGUGGUGGUGGUGGUGGUGAAGGUAGUACGAAGGACAAUCCAGAAUUUACCGUUACUGGUUUAAGCCCAGGUGCUGAAUAUAAGUUCCGUGUAUCGGCGGUCAACGACGAAGGAGACUCCGAACCAUUGGUUACAGGCCAUUCAAUCAUCGCCAAGAAUCCAUAUGAUGAACCAAAAAAACCAGGAACACCAGAAGUUGUAGACUUUAAUAAUCAUAGUGCUACCAUUAAAUGGACACCACCCAAGUCAGAUGGUGGAGCUGCUAUUGAAAAAUACAUUGUCGAGAAGAAAGACAAAAACAAACCUGAUUGGGAGAAAGCACUUGAAGUUGUUCCUGGUGGUGGUGAUCAACAAUUGGAAGCUUUGAUCGAUGAUCUCAAAGAAACCGGUGAAUAUCAAUUCCGUGUAAUAGCUGUUAACAAGGCUGGUCUAUCGCCUCCAUCAGAUCCAUCAAAAACACAAGUCAUUCGCCAUAAGGCAUUGAAACCAAGAAUUGACCGCACAAAUCUCAAAACAGUCAUAGUACGUGCUGGAAAACCGAUCUUUUUCGACGUUGACGUGCGUGGUGAGCCACCGCCACAAAUUACAUGGACCUUGAAAGAUCAAGAAGAAGAAGAAGAAGAAGUCAAAAGCGAAGAUAAUGUAGAAAUCACAAAUGUACCAUACAACACAAAAUUUUCGAUUAAAGAAGCUCUUCGCAAGAAUACGGGACUAUACAAAAUCAAAGCAAUCAAUCCACAUGGUGAAGAUGUGGCUGAAGUUGAUGUGACUGUUCUAUCAGCACCAGGCAAACCGAAAGGUCCACUUAAGGUUUCUGAUGUCACAAAGACCGGAUGUAAACUCAAAUGGGAUAAACCAGAUGAUGAUGGUGGUUUACCAUUGAGUGCCUAUCAAGUUGAAAAACUUGAUAAAGCAACUGGUCGUUGGGUUCCCGUUGGACGUGCUGCUGCUGCUCUACCAGAAGAUACUGAAUUUGAUGUAAAAGGCUUGCAAGAAGGGCAUGAAUAUCAAUUUAGAGUUAAGGCAAUCAAUGAUGAAGGUGAAUCAGAGCCACUUGAAACCGAUAGCACAAUUAUUGCGAAGAAUCCAUACGAAGUGACUGACAAACCAGGCACUCCAGAAAUUGUUGAUUGGGGACCAGAUUUUGCUGACUUGAAAUGGGAAGUGCCAAAGAAAACCAACGGUGCUCCAGUCACUGGUUAUAUCAUCGAGAAGAAAGAGAAAUUCUCACCACACUGGGAAGAAGUGCUUGUCACUGAUUCACCUAAACCAGAGGCUAAGGUUCCAGAUUUAAAGGAAGGAAACACUUAUCAGUUCCGGGUGCGAGCUGUUAACAAAGCCGGUCCCAGCGAACCAAGUGAUCCAACCAAACCACAUGUUGCUAAACAUCGUUUCCUUAAACCACUUAUUAAUCGUGAAAAAUUGCACACGGUUAGAGUACGUGCUGGGGAAAAUGUAAAGAUUGAAACGGACGUGCGUGGUGAGCCACCAGCACAAAUUACAUGGAGCAUUGCUGGUGGUGGUGGUGGUGGUGGUGGUGGUGGUGGUGGUAAACCCAUUGAAACCAGUGCCCAUUACAAGGUUGAUAACGAAGAUUAUAACACAAAACUUGUUAUCAGCGAUACCGAACGUAAACUUUCGGGCAUCUAUACUAUUUUCGCAAAAAACGAUUCGGGAAGCGAUGAAGCAACCAUCGAAGUUAUCAUUUUGGAUAAACCAUCGAAACCAGAAGGUCCACUUGAAGUCUCUGAUGUACACAAAGAGGGAUGCAAAUUGAAAUGGAACAAACCAAAAGACGAUGGUGGUUUACCAUUGAGUGCUUAUGUUGUUGAAAAAAUGGACGUUGCCACUGGUCGAUGGGUACCAGCUGGACGCGUUGAUCCAUCAAAGACGGAACAUGAAGUUUCUGGGCUCGAACCUAAUCACAAGUAUCAAUUCCGUGUUAAAGCAGUCAACGAGGAAGGUGAAUCUGGUCCACUUGAAACUGAUCACGAUAUUUUGGCUAAGAACCCAUAUGAUCCACCAGCACCACCAGGCCUACCAGAAAUCAAUGAUUGGGAUGAACAUUCAGUUAAAUUGAAAUGGGAACCACCAAUUCGCGACAAUGGCGCACCGAUUAUUGGCUACAUCAUUGAAGUUAUGGACAAAGAUUCUGGUAAUUUUGUUAAAGCCAUCGAAGUUCCAGGUGGUGGUGGUGGUGGUAACAAAUGUGAAGGCACUGUUCCAAAGUUAGUUGAAGGUGAACAAUAUAAAUUCCGUGUCAAAGCAGUCAACAAAGCCGGUCCAUCCGAACCAUCUGAGGCUACGAACUGGCAUACUGCGAAGGCUCGCUUCCUGAAACCAAGAAUCGAUCGUACAAACUUGAAUCCAAUUACAUUGAAAGCUGGUCUUUCUCUGAACUUGGAUAUAAAGGUAUUCGGCGAGCCGCCACCAGACGUACAGUGGUAUUUUAAAGAGAAGGAAUUGUUAUCCGAUGAAAAUACUCGCAUUGACAACGCUGAUUACAAUACAAAGUUCUAUAUUAUGCGCGCCAAACGUCUACAAUCUGGUAAAUAUACUAUUGUGGCCAAGAAUCAAAUGGGUGAAGAUCGUGCCGAUGUUGAGAUCACUGUAUUGGGAAAACCAUCAGCACCAAAUGGACCACUCAAAGUUUCAGAUGUCAACAAACAUGGAUGCAAAUUAAAGUGGGAAAAACCAGAUGACGCGGGUGGUACUCCAAUCGAUUACUAUUCAAUCGAAAAAUUGGAUCCACACACUGGUCAAUGGAUUCCAUGCGGUCGCAGUACAGAGCCAGAAGCUACAAUUACCGGUUUACAAGAAGGAAAACCAUACAAAUUCCGUGUUCGUGCAGUGAACAAAGAGGGCGAUUCAGAUCCAUUGGAAACUGAAGGAACAAUUAUUGCUAAAAAUCCGUUCGAUGAGCCUGAUAAGCCAGGUCGCCCAGAACCAACAAACUGGGACAAAGAUUUUGUGGACUUGAAAUGGUCACCGCCACCAAGCGAUGGAGGCGCUCCAUUGGAAAAAUACAUUGUCCAAAUGCGUGAUAAAUCUGGUCGUGGAUGGAGUGAUGCUUUAACUGUGCCAGGAAAUCAAACGCAAGGAAAAGUAACAAACAUUGAUGAUUGUCAUGAAUAUGAAUUCCGCGUUGUUGCUGUCAAUAAAGCAGGUCCCAGCGAACCAAGUGAUGUAUCGAAAUCAGUCAUUGCUAAACCAAGAUUCCUAGCACCACAUAUUGACCGUAAGAACUUGCAAAAGAAAGUUCUACGAGCUGGACAAAUGCUACGCAUGGAUGCAGAUGUUGGGGGUGAGCCCGCACCGUCGAUCGAUUGGAGUUAUAAAAAUGAAGUGUUGCGUACAGCAGAUCGCUUAAAGAUCGAAAAUGAAGACUAUAAAACAACAUUUAUUUUGCAAAAGGCUAAACGCUCAGAUCGUGGUACAUACACCGUGACAGCUAAGAAUAGCAGCGGUGUAGACACAGUAAAUGUUGAGCUUGAAGUGUUGUGCAAACCAAGCAAGCCACAAGGCCCAUUAGACGUAUCUGAUGUAACUGCCGAAGGAUGCCAUCUCAAAUGGGAAAAACCAGAAGAUGAUGGAGGCGAACCCAUUGAUCACUACGUCGUUGAACGUAUGGAUACAGAUAGCGGACGAUGGGUUCCAGUUUGCAAGUCAAAAACACCAGAAGCUGAUGUAACUGGUUUAAAUGAAGGAAAAGAUUAUUUGUUCCGUGUUAAAGCUGUCAAUUCAGAAGGCGAAUCAGAGCCACUUACAACAGAAACGGCAAUUAAGGCCAAGAACCCAUAUAGUGCUGCUGAUGCACCAAGCAAACCAGUCUUAAAAGACUGGUCGAAGAACCAUGCUGACAUUACAUGGACACCUCCAGAAGAUGAUGGCGGCGCACCAAUUAGUGGCUACAUUGUUGAAAAGAAAGACGAAUUCUCACCAAAAUGGCAAAAAGUAUUGGAAACCAAAGGUCCCGAAUGUAAAGCACAUAUUCCAGAUUUGGUUGAAGGGCAAAAAUACCAAUUCCGUGUCAAAGCCAUUAAUAAAGGCGGUCAAAGUAAACCGUCACAACCAUCUGAUACUCUAUUGGCCAAAGAUCGAUUUGCCGCACCAAAAAUUGAUCGUACCAAUCUUAAGGAUAUUUCAAUCAAAGCUGGUCAACACAUUCGCUUGGACGUUAAGAUAAGUGGUGAGCCUCCACCAACCAAGACCUGGUUUUUAAACAAAGAGCGCUUGGAUCAACCCCGAGACGAUAUUAUUAUCGAUUUCGAAGAUUAUCGUACCAAAUUCCAUAUUCCACAUGCAACACGCGCACAUAAAGGACGUAUCACAAUCAAAGCAGAAAAUGAUUCUGGACGAGAUGAAGCUUCAAUUGAAGUUACUGUACUCGAUAAGCCAAGCAAACCAGAAGGUCCACUUCGCAUUAAUGAUGUACACAAGGAAGGCGCGACUCUUAAAUGGAAUCCACCACUUGAUGAUGGUGGUAUUCCGCUAGAUCAUUAUGCUGUUGAAAAAAUGGAUAUGGAUACAGGACGAUGGGUUUCAGCUGGUCGUUCGAAAGAACCACAUUUGAAGAUUGACAAUUUGACACCUGGACAGGAAUAUAAAUUUCGUGUGUCAGCUGUCAAUGCUGAAGGCGAAUCCGAACCAUUGGAAGCCGAACAAACCAUCAUUGCCAAGAAUCCAUUCGACGAACCUGGUGCACCUGGUCAACCCGAAGCAACUGAUUGGGAUAAAGAUCAUGUGGACUUAAGAUGGACUCCACCAGUGAAAGAUGGCGGAUCUCCAAUUACCGGCUACAUAAUUGAGAAACGUGAGAAAGACUCUCCAAAAUGGAUCAAAUCUGUCGAAAUUCCAGGAAAUAAAUGUGAAGGCACUGUUCCACAUUUGGACGAAAAUACUGGAUACGAAUUUCGUGUUCGGGCUGUUAAUGCUGCAGGUCCUGGCGAACCAUCGAAAGCCAGCAAAUCUGUCAUCACCAAACCAAGAAAAUUGGCACCCAAAAUCGAUCGCAAGAACUUGCGUAAUAUUACCGUUAAAGAAGGUGAACCAAUUUUUGUGGAUGUAAAGGUUAGUGGUGAGCCAGCUCCAGAAGUUGCAUGGUUUGUCAAUGGUAAACCACUGCAAGUAACGAGUCAUCACAAGCGUGUUGAUAAUGUUCCAUACAACACAAAACUCUUCAACGAUAAUCCCGAAAGAAAGGAUACGGGAACGUACAAAAUCGUUGCACAAAAUAAAUAUGGCCAAGAUCAAGAGGAAAUCGAAAUUACGAUUAUCUCCAAACCUAGUAAACCAGAAGGGCCACUAGAUGUAUCAAAUAUUACUAAGGAUGGAUGCACUCUUAAGUGGAAGAGACCGAAAGACGAUGGCGGCGAACCAAUUGAAAACUAUGUUGUCGAAAAAUUCGAUCCGGACACCGGUAUUUGGUUGCCUGUUGGUAAAACUGAAGGUUCAACACCCGAAAUGGAAGUUGACGGUUUGAUUCCGAAUCAUGAAUAUAAAUUCCGCGUCAAAGCCGUUAACAAGGAAGGGGAAUCCGCCGAACCAUUGGAAACUCUUGGCACAAUUAUUGCUCGAGAUCCAUAUGUUGUGCCAUCACAGCCAGGUACACCGGAACCUGCCGAUUGGUCUGCAAACCAUGUUGAUUUAGUAUGGAAAGAACCAAUCACAGAUGGUGGAUCACCACUCACUGGUUAUAUCAUUGAAAUGAAAGACAAAUAUAGUCCCAUGUGGGAGAAGGCACUUGAAACAACUGGUGGUGAAACUCCUGCUGCUACAAUAAAUGGUUUGAUUGAAUGUAACGAAUACCAAUUCCGUGUUAUUGCUUUAAAUAAAGCCGGUGCUUCUGAACCAUCGGACGCCAGCAAGAAUUUUGUUGCAAAACCAAGAUUCCUUGCUCCAAAGAUCGAUCGUCGCAAUUUGCGUGAUAUCACUUUGUCGGCGGGCACCGCAUUGAAAUACGACGUAAACAUAAUCGGCGGCGAACCACCACCACACGUUGAGUGGCGCUACUGUAAUAUGCCAUUGACACCAAGUAAAGCUGUUACCAUUGAUAAUGUCGAUUACAAUUCUAAAUUGGUCAUUCGACCAACCAAACGUAGUGACUCAGGUGAAUACACUAUUACUGCUAAAAAUAGUUCAGGCCAAGAUUCGGUAACUGUUAACGUUACAAUCAUUGAUAAACCAUCGAAACCAGAAGGACCACUUGAAGUGUCUGAUGUUCACAAAGAUGGCUGUAAACUUAAAUGGAAGCGUCCAAAGGAUAUGGGUGGUAUUCCAAUUGAUUACUAUCAAGUCGACAAAUUUGACAGUGAAACUGGCUGUUGGAUUCCAGUUGGACGCUCAUCUGAGCCACAUUAUGAUGUUGUCAAUUUAACACCUGGCAAAGAGUAUAAGUUCCGUGUUGCUGCUGUAAAUGCUGAAGGUGAAUCAGAACCAUUGGAAACUGAACAUUCUAUCAUUGCCAAGAAUCCAUUCGAUGAACCUGGAAAACCAGAAAAUGUCCGUGCUACUGACUGGGAUAAAGAUCAUGUUGAUUUGGCAUGGACUCCACCACUUACAGAUGGGGGCUCACCAAUAGCCGGUUACAUUGUAGAAAAGAAGAAAGACAAAUAUGGUCAAUGGGAGAAGGCUAUCGAGGCUAUGGUGCCAGCUGAUCAAUGCAAAGCAACAGUUCCAGAUUUGAUCGAAGGACAAGGUUACCAAUUCCGUGUUCGUGCUGUUAACAAAGGUGGACCGGGUGAACCAAGCGAUGCAACACCAAUCAUUUGUGCUAAACCACGUAAUCAAGCCCCACGCAUCGAUCGUACUAAUUUAAUUGAAAUCAAAAUCAAGGCUGGAUCGAAUUUCAAUUAUGAUGUUAAAGUCAGUGGUGAACCAGUUCCAAUUACUAAAUGGUUGUUGAACAAACGUGAAGUACGUCGUCGUCCAAAUGAUCAUGUUGUAAAAGUGAAACAUGUUGAUUAUAAUACUAUACUGAAAGUACAAAAUGCAACUCGUGCUGAAUCCGGUGUUUACACAGUUACCGCUGAAAAUAUUAAUGGUUCAGACACAGCAGAUGUAAAAGUUACUGUGCUCGAUGUACCUAGCCCACCACAAGGACCAUUGAAGGUUGAUGAUAUUCAUGCCGAAGGGGCAACACUCAAAUGGCAACCACCACAAGAUGAUGGUGGUCAACCAAUAGAGAAAUAUGUUGUUGAAAAAAUGGAUGAAAAUACUGGUCGUUGGGUACCAGCCGGUGAAACCACCACCACCGGUGAUGGACCAGUAACAAAAUUGGCAGUAGUCGGUUUAACACCUGGUCAUAAAUAUAAGUUCAGAGUACGUGCAGUUAACAAACAAGGUAAAUCUGAACCAUUGAACACAGCUCAAGCUAUCGAAGCUAAAAAUCCGUUUGAUGAGCCAACUAAACCCGGCAAGCCACAAAUCAAAGACUACGAUACUGACUUUGUGGAACUGGAGUGGAAGCGUCCAGAAAGUGACGGUGGCUCACCACUCAUUGGUUAUGUUAUUGAAAAGAAAGACAAAUAUAGUCCCGACUGGGAGAAAUGUGCCGAAGUUGAAGGUGAUAUUACAACUGGUAAAGUAACUGAUUUGAUCGAUGGUUUAACAUAUGAAUUCCGAGUUCGUGCUGUUAAUAAAGCCGGUCCAGGUCAACCAAGUGAUGCUACUGACAAACAUGUGGCAAGACCAAAGAAUUUGGCACCCAAGAUAGAUCGCAACUUCAUGACAAAUAUUAAGAUUCGUGCUGGCCAAAACUUCGACUAUGAUGUGCCGGUGUGUGGCGAACCACCACCAUCGAAGGAAUGGUCAUUGAAGGAUAAUAUAGUUGUCAAUUCGGAUCGUGUUAAAAUCAUAAACCUCGAACCUUAUCGUACGAAACUUAAAGUGAUUGAUGCCAAACGAGCUGAUAGUGGAGAAUAUACACUGGUUGCUCGUAACAUCAAUGGUGUCGAUAAGGCAACAGUUACAGUUAUUGUGCUCGAUAUACCUAGCCCACCAGAGGGACCAUUGCGUGCUGAUAAUGUUACCAAAUCAGGAUGUACACUCAGCUGGCGUCCACCUAAAGAUGAUGGAGGUUCAGAGAUUGCACAUUAUGUCGUUGAAAAAAUGGAUACUGAUGCAAUGCGUUGGGUACCAGUUGGAGAAAGUGUUUCAUCAACAACAACAUCACUUCGUGCUGAUAAUUUGAUUGAUGGUCAUGACUAUAACUUCCGUGUACGUGCUGUGAAUAAGCAAGGUGAAUCAAUGCCACUGACCACACAUCAACCAAUCACUGUCAAAGAUCCAUUCGGAAAGCCAGACAAACCAGGAAAACCAGAAGUUACAGACUGGGAUAAGGAUCAUGUUGAUUUGAAAUGGACGCCGCCAAAGAAAAAUGGUGGCGCACCGAUCAUUGGUUACAUUGUUGAGAAAAAACCCAAAUUUGGCACAUGGGAAAAGGCUAUUGAAACUACUACUGGUCCAAGUGGUGGUGCUGCUGCUGCAACAAAUGCUCGUGUUCCAGAUUUGACUGAAUUUGAAGAAUACGAAUUCCGCGUGAUUGCAGUUAACAAAGGUGGACCGGGUGAACCAAGUGACGCUUCCACACCAAUUGUCGCAAGAGCGCGUUUCGUUGCACCACACUUUGAUAAGAAAUUGCUUGAAGAUUUGGUUGUUCAUGCUGGAAAACCAAUAAAAUGGACACUCCCGAUCGAAGCAUCGCCACGCCCAACAUUCAGAUGGUUUGCACAUGGCAAACAACUUGAAGCUGGCGGCCCACGUAUCGAUAUGCAACUGUAUAAUAAUGAACUUACAUUUGAAAUUCCAUAUUCAGUACGUGGAGAUUCGGGACAAUAUACAUUGACACUGGCCAAUGAAUGUGGAGAAUUUACGGCAUCGGCAAAUGUCACCGUACUUGAUAAGCCGGGCUCACCACAACCACCAUUUGAUAUUACGGGCAUCACAAAAGAAGGAUGCCAUUUGGCCUGGAGAAUGCCACUCGAUAAUGGGGGCGCACCAAUUUUACAUUAUGUCAUUGAAAAGAUGGAUCUAUCACGUGGAACAUGGUCGGACGCUGGUAUGAGCUUUAAUCUAGCUCAUGAUGUCACUCGUUUAGUGCAUAAAAAAGAAUAUUUGUUCCGUGUGAAGACAGUUAAUGCAAUUGGAGAAUCAGAACCACUAGAGGCAAACAAGAGUAUAAUUGCCAAAAAUGAAUUUGAUGAACCAGAUGCACCAGGAAAACCAGCUAUCAAAGAUUGGGACAAAGAUCAUGUCGAUUUGGAAUGGAAAGCACCAAAAUCAGAUGGAGGCUCCCCCCUUACCGAAUACAUUGUGCAAAAGAAAGAAAAAGGUAGCCCCUAUUGGAUUAAUUCUGUCCAUGUACCACCAAUGAAGACACAAGCAACCGUACCAGAUUUAACAGAAGGAAAAGAAUACGAAUUCCGUAUUAUUGCUGUUAACAAAGCUGGCCAAUCGGAACCGUCCGAACCAUCGGAUACUAUCAUUGCUAAAGCACGUUUCCUUGCACCAAAAAUUGUCACCACCCCAUUAAAUGAUAUUCGUAUCAAGACUGGUCUUAUUUUCCAUGUUGACAUCGAUUUCAUUGGUGAACCAACGCCAGAAGUUACAUGGACCGUCGAUGGCCAUAAAGAUCUUGAAACUACAGAUCGCACGACAGUUACAUCAAUUGGCUAUCAUACAAUCGUACACACUGUAAAUUGUAAACGUUCUGAUUCAGGCACAUACAAAUUGCAUUUGAAAAACGACUCUGGCACUGACGAAGGUACAUUCCAAAUAAUUGUUCUGGAUCGUCCAGGCCCACCAACUGGACCACUUGAAUACGAAGAAAUAACUGCCAACAGUGUUACCAUUUCAUGGAAACCACCAAAGGAUAACGGUGGCUCUGAAAUUACCGCAUACGUCAUUGAGAAACGUGAUCUUACACAUGGUGGUGGUGGUGGUGGUGGGGGUUGGGUACCAGCUGUUACUUAUGUUAAUGCCAAAUAUACACACGCCACUGUUCCUCGUUUACUUGAUGGCACACAAUAUGAAUUCCGUGUUAUGGCCGAGAACUUGCAAGGACGAUCAGAUCCACUGACAUCCGAUUCGCCAAUUAUUGCCAAAAAUCAAUAUGAUGUUCCUGGACGACCAAGCAAACCAGAACUUGUUGAAAGUGACAAGAAUCACAUCACCAUUAAAUGGAAAGCACCAAUUAGUAAUGGGGGCUCGCCACUCAUUGGCUACGAAAUUGAGCGACGUGAUAAGGCUACUGGUCGAUGGAUUAAAUUAACAAAAGCACCACAUUUGGGCGGCACCGAAUACGAAGAUCCACGCGUGCAAGAAUCUCAUCAAUAUGAAUAUCGUGUGAGUGCUGUCAAUGCUGCUGGUGUUGGUAAACCAAGCGAUCCAUCAUCACUCUUUACUGCUCGCCCAAUGAAAGAGAAGCCAAGAUUGUGGUUGGAUGACCUUGUCGGGCGGAAGAUCAAAGUUCGUGCCGGCGAACCAAUCAAUAUCACAAUCCCAUUGUCUGGUGCACCCACGCCGACUGUAGAAUGGACCAAAGCUACAAUUCGUCUUCUACCAUCGAAUCGUAUAUCAACUGAUGUCAGUGAUGAAAAAACUAUUUUCCGCAUCGAAGAAUCAACACGGUCUGAUGGUGGUGUCUACACAGUUACAGCAACAAAUGAAUUUGGCAAAGAUUCAGCUGAUAUUGAGGUUAUUGUUGUUGACAAACCCGGUAUUCCUCGUGGACCAUUGACCUAUACGGAAACUACAGCUGAAACUAUUUCUCUCUCAUGGAAUCCACCAGAGGACAAUGGUGGCGGAGACAUUAACGGUUAUAUUGUUGAAAUCAGUGAAGCUGGUACAGAUAAUUGGCGGCCAGUUCCUGGCUACUGUCCAAAAUGUGCUUUCACUGUUAAAGGUUUGACUGAAGGCAAGCAAUACGUAUUUCGUGUUCGUGCUGAAAACAUUUAUGGUGUAUCUGAUCCGUUGGAAGGCAAACCAAUUACUGCCAAAUCACCAUUCGAUCCUCCAGAUGCACCAAAAACUCCCGAAAUCAAAGGCUACAGUCCAAAUAGCUGUUCACUCGAAUGGCGUCCACCAGAUUACUGUGGCGGUAAGCCAGUCUCGGGCUACAUUAUCGAAAAACGCGAACGCGGUGGCGAAUGGGUCAAGGUAAAUAACUAUCCAACACCAAAUUUGAGCUACACUGUUCAAGAUUUGCGCGAUAAAGGCAAAUAUGAAUUCAGAGUUAGUGCUGUCAACGAAGCUGGACCCGGAAAACCAAGCAAACCAACAGAGCCAAUUAUUGCUCAAGUGCAACGUUCACGACCAGACGCCCCAGAUGCACCACAUCCAGAUCGUAUCACAAAAGACAGCGUUACAUUGUCUUGGACACCACCAAAACGAGAUGGUGGCGCACGUGUGAAGGGAUACAUACUGCAAAAACGCAGCAAAGCUGAUAAGAAUUGGUCAGAUGUUAACGAAGUACUCAUUCACAAUACAGUUCAUACUGUGCCACAUUUGACUGGUGAAGGCGGCGGCGGCGGCGGCGGCGGCGGCGAAGAAGAAGAAUACAACUUCCGUGUCAUUGCUGUAAAUGAAGUGGGCCCAUCAGAGCCAUCGAAACCAAGUCCAUCGGUUAUUGUCGAAGAACAACCAAACAAACCAAAAAUGGAUUUGGGAGGUGUUCGUGAUAUCACUGUUCGUGCUGGUGAAGACUUCUCAAUUCAUGUACCAUAUAUUGGAUUCCCAAAACCGACUGCUACCUGGUUGGCUAAGGAUUCUGUUCUCGAUGACUACUCAGACAACCGUGUGCAUCAACAAUUGGCCGAUGAUUAUGCUAGCAUUGUUGUUAAAAAUUCGAAACGUGAUGAUGCCGGUCAGUACCGAUUACAACUCAAGAAUCCAUCAGGUUUCGAUACAGCUACAAUUAACGUACGAGUACUUGAUCGCCCAGGUAAACCAGAAAAUUUGAGAGCCGACGAAUUCGCUGGCGAUUCAUUGACACUUUAUUGGAAUCCACCACCGAAAGAUGAUGGCGGCGGAGCACCAAUUACAAAUUAUGUAAUCGAAAAGAAAGAAGCACGUGCUGCAACCUGGUCAAAGGUCAGCAGCUAUUGUACUGUUCCUUUUGUUCGUGUUAGAAACCUAACAAUUGGCAAGGAGUAUGAAUUCCGUGUAAUGGCCGAAAAUCAAUAUGGACAAUCAGACCCAGCAACUACCGAACACCCAAUCAGAGCACGACAUCCAUUCGAUGUUCCAGGGGCACCUGGUGCACCAAAAGCUAUCGAAACGACGGGAGAUUCAAUCUCAAUUUUCUGGGCCAAACCAAAACACGACGGAGGCGCACCAAUCGGUGGUUAUGUUGUUGAAAAACGUCUAAUCUCCGAAGACAAAUGGAUUAAAGCCACUUUCUCGAAUGUUCCAGAUUUGAAUUGCAGAGUCUCUGGCUUGAUUGAGAACCACGACUAUGAGUUCCGUGUAGCUGCGGUUAAUGCAGCUGGUCAAGGGCCAUGGUCACCAUCAUCUGAUACUAUUGCUUGCAAGGCUCCACCAGCUGCUCCAAAGAUCACAUCAGAUCUCAGCAUUCGCGAUAUGACUGUUAUUGCUGGACAUGAGUUUAAGAUUUCAGUUCCAUUUACUGGUGGUAACCCAAAACCAAAAGUAUCAUGGGCCAUCAACGGUAUCGAUGUUAUUACUGACGAACGUAUCAAAUUCGAAACUACUGACAACAGUGAAACACGUUUCGUUAAUAAAUCGGCCAAGAGAAACGAAACUGGCGCAUAUACCAUCCAAUUGACCAAUUCAGAGGGUACAGAUUCAGCAUCGUGCCGUGUUUUGGUCGUCGAUUGUCCAUCGCCACCACAAGGACCACUGGAUGUAUCCGAUAUUACUCCCGAUACAUGCACAUUAUCAUGGAAAUCACCAUUAGAUGAUGGGGGUUCGCCAAUUUCAAACUAUGUCGUCGAAAAGAUGGAUACCAAUGGCAUUUGGGUAAAGGUGAGCUCAUUUGUGCGUGGAACACACUACGAAGUUAUGGGAUUGGAACCAAAUCGUCAAUAUUAUUUCCGAGUUCGCGCAGAAAAUCAAUAUGGUGUCAGUUACCCAUUAUCUCGUGAUGAUCCUGUAUUGGCAACAUAUCCAUUCACUGUACCGGAUCCACCAGGCGCACCAAAGGUUAUCGAUUGGGAUUCAUCGAAUGUUAAAUUGAUUUGGGACCGUCCACGCAGUGAUGGUGGCUCACGUAUUCAAGGCUAUAAAUUAGAAUACCGUGAUGUGUCUGAUCCAGCAUGGAACACUCAUGAUAUUCUCAUCAAAGAUAAUCAAUAUCAACUAUAUAAUUUACAAAGUGGUCGUGAAUUUGAAUUUAGGGUACGCGCUAAAAAUGUUGCUGGAUUCAGUAAAUCAUCACCUCCAUCUAGCAAAUUCAAAAUAAAAGAAAAAUUCUCUGUGCCAUCAGCACCACAAGCACCAGCAGUGGUGAAGGUGGGCAAGAAUUAUGUUGAUUUGAAAUGGGAACGCCCUGUCAGUGAUGGAGGAUCGCGGAUCAAUGGCUACAUUAUUGAACGACGUGAUGUUGGUGGUGCUUUGUGGGUUAAAUGCAACGAUUACAAUGUUUUAGAUUUGGAUUACACUGUUAUGAAUUUGAUCGAAUGUGCUGAUUACGAAUUCCGUAUAUUUGCUGUCAAUGCUGCUGGGCGAAGUGAGCCAAGCUCAUGCACUACACCAGUUAAAGUGUGUGAAGUUGUUGGCGGCACAAAACCUGAAUGGAUUCGUACAUUGCAUAAUGCAACCACCACCGUUCCACAUGGUAAAUGCAUUACGUUGGAAUGUGAAGCAAGCGGUAAACCUGAACCAACUGCUCGCUGGUUGCGCAACGGCCGUGAAAUUUCAUUGGCACAAACACCCGCCGCCGCCGGAUCAAGAAUUCGUGCUGAAAGUAGUAGCAACGGUAUUUUCAAAUUACACAUUACUGAUGCUAAACAUAGUGAUGAAGGUGAUUACACAUGCGAAGCAAUAAAUUCACUUGGAUUUGUCCAUACAACAGCUCAUUUGAAGGUUGGAACACCACCACGCAUAGAUCGUAUGCCAACCGACUUGAGAUUUGCUGAAAAUGACAAUCAAAAGAUAAAAGUAUUCUAUUCUGGUGAUCAACCUAUUGAAUUUACAUUAAAACAAAAUGGCAACGAAAUCAAGGACACGGGUCGUGUCCGUUGGAGUAUAUUGGAUGAUUACAUUACCAUUGCUAUAAAGGACGUUUGCGGCGGAUCAGAUGCUGGUGAAUAUCAAGUUGAAUUGAAGAAUGACAGCGGUAAAGCCAUCGGUACAUUCAAUGUUACAAUCACUGGCUUGCCAGGACCACCAGUUGGACCAUUGGGCAUUUCACAUGUUACCAAACACACUUGUCAACUUUCGUGGAAACCACCAAGCUAUGACGGUGGUCUUAAGAUAACACAUUACGUAGUUGAGCGCAGGGACACAUCAUCACCACACUGGAUUACUGUGCAUAGCUCAUGUAAGGACACCACUUCAUGCUCAAUCCAAGGAUUGGCCGAGCAUCAAGAAUAUGCAUUCCGAGUAUCGGCCGUUAAUGACAAUGGAAAAGGUCCAGCUUUGCAAGGUGCUCAACCAAUUCGUGCUAAAGCACCAUUUGAUGUACCAUCAGCACCAGGUAUUCCACAAGUUACCGAAGUCGGCGACGAUUUCGUUCAUUUGGAAUGGGAGAAACCAGAAUCAGAUGGCGGGGCACGAAUUCAAGGCUAUUGGAUCGAUAAACGUGAAGCUGGUAGUGAAGUUUGGCGACGUGUCAAUGUGGCUCUUUGUCCAGCUACACAAAUUAACUGCGCAAAUUUGGUUGAAUGUCGUCAGUAUGAAUUCCGUGUAUUCGCUCAGAAUGAAGCUGGCAUUUCACCACCUUCAAGUAAUUCAUCAUCCGUUAAGAUAAUCGAUCCGAAGGCUGCCACUCCACCGCAAAUUGUUCGUCCAUUGCGCAAUGCAAAUUGCAUCCAAAAUCAUAAUGCCCAAUUUAGCUGCCAAAUUACUGGCGUUCCAAAACCAACCAUUACAUGGUACAAGGGGGCCCGUGAGAUCACAAACGGUGCUCGUUAUCAUAUCUACUCAUCAUCAGAAGGUGAUGUGUAUAAUUUGACCAUUAACGAUGUAUUUGGAGAAGAUGCUGACGAAUACGUUUGUCGUGCUAUUAACAAAGCUGGAGUUAAGUCAACUCGUGCUGAAUUAGUCAUUAUGACUGCUCCCAAAUUAAAUGUACCACCACGAUUUCGUGACACAGCCUACUUUGACAAAGGUGAGAAUAUUGUCAUUAAGAUUCCAUUCACCGGUCAUCCAAAACCAAAGAUCAACUGGGUACGCGAAGGUGAACAUAUUGAAUCAGGUGGUCAUUAUCAUGUGGAGGUUAUAGAUCGACAUGCAAUUUUGACAAUCCGGGACGGAUCUAAACUUGACUCAGGUCCUUAUCGUAUCACUGCUGAAAAUGAAUUGGGACAAGAUUCGGCCAUUAUAAAGAUUCAAAUUAGCGACCGUCCAGAUCCGCCAAGAUUCCCAUUGAUUGAAAGUAUUGGUGUUGAUUCGUUGCAAUUAUCAUGGAAAGCUCCAGUUUGGGACGGUGGUUCUGAUAUCACAAACUAUUUGGUCGAAAAACGUGAACAUCCAUUGGAAACAUGGAUUCGAGUUGGAAACACACGUUUUACUUCCAUUGCUGUUACCGGACUAGUUCCUGCUCGUCAAUAUGAAUUCAGAAUCUUUGCCGAAAACAUUUAUGGUCGUUCAGAUCCAUCUGAAGUAAGUACAUUGAUUACAACUAAGGGACAACCAAAAAGAACCGAACAUAAACAACAUAAAUACGAACUUGAUGAAAAUGGCAAAAAGAUUCGUGGCAAAGCCGAUGAUGGACCAAUUAAAGAUUACGAUUCAUAUGUAUUCGAUAUUUACUCGAAGUAUGUGCCACAACCAGUGGAUAUUUCGAACGAAAGUGUUUACGACAAAUAUGAAAUUCUAGAAGAAAUUGGCACCGGUGCAUUCGGUGUUGUACACCGUUGUCGUGAGCGUGCUACUGGAAAUAUUUUUGCUGCAAAAUUCAUCCCAGUGUCACAUGCAAUGGAAAAGGACUUGAUUAAAAAGGAAAUAGAUAUCAUGAAUCAAUUGCACCAUCAAAAAUUACUGAACUUGCACGAUGCCUUCGAAGAUGAUGACGACGAAAUGGUGCUCAUUUUUGAAUUCUUAUCUGGAGGUGAACUAUUUGAAAGAAUUACGGCCGAUGGAUACAUAAUGUCAGAAGCUGAAGUAAUCAAUUAUAUGCGCCAAAUCUGCGAGGGUAUUAAACAUAUGCAUGAAAAGAACAUCAUUCAUUUGGAUGUAAAACCAGAAAAUAUUAUGUGUCAAACACGCACAAGUACCAAUAUCAAACUAAUUGAUUUCGGUUUGGCCACCAAACUCGACCCGAACGAAAUUGUCAAGAUUUCAACUGGAACAGCCGAAUUCGCUGCCCCAGAAAUCGUUGAACGUGAACCAGUUGGUUUCUAUACAGACAUGUGGUCUGUUGGUGUAUUGAGUUACGUUCUCUUGAGUGGUUUAUCACCAUUUGCUGGCGAAAAUGAUGUUGCAACAUUGAAAAAUGUAAAAGCAUGCGAUUGGGACUUCGAUGAAGAUGCAUUCCGCCACAUAUCUGAAGAAGGAAAAGAUUUUAUUCGUCGUUUGUUAGUGAAGAAUAAAGAGAAACGUUUGACUGCUCACGAAUGUUUACUUCAUCCAUGGUUGACUGGUGUGAUCACCAGUGACAAAACCCGUCGUCAAAUUAGUAGAGAUCGACUUCUGGCAUUGCGUGACAAAAUUCGCAAGAAGUAUGAUGAUUGGUCGAAAUUCAUUUUACCAAUUGGACGUCUAUCCGAAUACUCAUCAAUACGGAAAUUACUCAUUGAAAAAUACAAGAUUCAAGAGUCAUCGUUCGAUCGUCGUCAAGCGGCACCACGUUUCGUUAUCAAACCACAAUCGCAGUUUUGCUAUGAAGGACAAAGUGUUAAAUUCUAUUGUCGUGUUAUUGGUGUUGCAACACCAACACUUACCUGGUCACAUAAUAACCAAGAACUUCGACAGAGUGUGAAAUUCAUGAAGCGCUACCAAGGAGAUGACUACUACUUCAUUAUUAACAGAGUUAAGUUGAGCGAUCGCGGGGAAUACAUAAUACGUGCAGAAAAUCAUUACGGUUCACGCGAAGAAGUUGUUUUCUUAAAUGUUCAACCAUUACCUAAACAAGUGCCAGUAUACAAACAGCAAGAUCAACAGCCAGUUCGCCGCCGACGCGAACCAUUACCAUACACAUAUUGGCAAGAAGAGUCCGACACAGCGCCAAGUUUCACAUUCCUUUUACGUCCACGUGUUAUGCAGGCUCGCGAUACAUGUAAAUUACUUUGCUGCUUGAGUGGUAAACCAGUACCAACAGUUAAAUGGUACAAAGACAGACGCGAACUAAGUAAAUACGAAUAUUCAAUGACACACUCGGAUGGUGUUGUGACUAUGGAAAUUGUUGAUUGUAAACCAGAAGAUUCAGGGAAAUAUCGUUGUGUGGCAACUAACAUUCACGGCACAGAUGAAACAUCAUGUGUUGUGAUUGUUGAAGGUCAAACAUCAACACCAGAACAGGCUGAAUUAGUGCACAACUUCCUUUACUCUGGAGACCGUCGUUACAUUGAAUCACCUCUAAAACCAGCACCACCCCCAAUCAUAACAAGAACACAACACACAAACUCAUCAUCAUCUUCAUACAACAACAACACAACAACAACAACGAGACAACAAGAGAGUUCAUCGUCCUUUAAUUCAUCGAAUAAGACUGUAAUCAACAACACUAGUUCCCACUUAUCAUCAUCAAGCAUUUCAUCAACGACAAACAAUAUAGACACUUCAUCCACAAGCACGUCAUCGAAAAAGAAAUAUGGAAAACUUGAAGCACCUGAUAGCCCAUCGAGAUCACGCAGUGCUACAAAAGAAUUGAUAUUGCCACCAGAUGAUUCUUUGAUGUGUAAACCGAAAUUUACAGAACCACUUAAAGACUUGGAAGUUAUCGUCGAUGGUGAACGACUAUCGUUAGAAUGUACAGUUAAAGGAGAUCCAGAUCCACAAAUCACUUGGUCAAAGAAUGGAAAAUCAAUUUCAUCAUCAGAAAUCAUGAACUUGAAAUACAAAAAUGGUAUAGCUACACUCACCAUCAACGAAGUCUAUCCAGAGGAUGAAGGAACAUACACAUGUACCGCAACAAAUUCAGUCGGUGCUACAGAAACUAAAUGCAAUUUGAAAAUUAAACUACUAGAAAAUGGACAUUUAAAGCAUAGUUCUGGCGCUGGUUCAGAUAAGCCACCAAAAAUUGUUAGUCAUUUGGAAUCACGAUCAGUAAAAGAUGGCGAAGCAAUUACACUUGCAUGUCGUAUCAUUGGAUCGGACAAAUUUGAUGUAGUUUGGUUGCACAAUAACAAAGAAAUCAAACCAUCUAAAGACUUCCAAUAUACCAACGAAGCGAACAUUUAUAAAUUGCAAAUUGCCGAAAUCUUCCCAGAAGAUGCUGGUACAUACACAUGUGAAGCAUUUAACGAUGUCGGCGAAAGUUUUAGUACGUGUACAAUUGGUGUGAUAGUUCCAGGUGAAGUAGUUUCAAAAGCACCCGAAUUCAUAAAGUUCCCUGGCUCGGCAACUGUACAAGAGGGCGAAUCAAGCAGAUUUGAAUGUGAACUUGAAGAGGCACCACUCUCUUUAAGUUGGCUUAAAGACGGCAAACCACUCGAUGAUGAUGAUGAUCAAUCAUCAUCUAGAUAUAAUUUCACAAAAGAUGGCAAUCUAUACUCCUUCAAAAUUGUAUCAUGUCAACACGAUGACAUCGGACAAUACCAAGCCAAGGCCAUUGGUAAAAAGGGAGAAACAUUCGCUACAUUCUCAGUAAAUGUGUACGCCAAGGAAUAAACUCGUUACAACAAAAAAGAACAACGAACCAUUUUUUUUUCGAACAGCAAUAUUAAACGACCGAAUAUAUGCAAUCCAAUCUAAAUGGAAGAAAAUAAAGAAAGUUAUAUUGAUUUAGAGCGCAUAUCAAAAUUUUAGUUGCACAUGCAUCAAACCCAAUUUUUUUUUUAACUUUUGUUUGCUGCGCAAAAUAAUGGAUAAAAUAUACUAACGCCGAACAUGCGAUUGAGUUCAUUGCGAAUCAAUCGAACACAUGAACAUAGAAAAUAAGAACGUUUAAAUAAUGAAAAAGAAAAGAUAAGGAAAGAGAAAAAAAUAACGAUAGAAUUUAUAAUUUAUAUAUCUAAGUAUUUUGUAAAUUGUGAGAUGCAUUGCGAUAAGGAGUGUGAAAGGAAAAUAUUUUCGAUUGGCAAACACCAAGUUCAUGUGAUAAGCAGCGAGACACCAGCAUCCUCAACACUUUUUUGUUUUGAAAACCAUCAAAAAACACUCACUGCUUGUCAAAUAAAUUUGAUGUUUGAUUCACUAAAAUAUCAUACCGCAGAAUGUGUAGCAACAACACCUCGCUUUCUCCAUUCGCAGAAAAGCACUUGUUUAUAACAUAAAGUGAAAAUUCAUUAAUCAAGUUAAUAUUCUACGUUACAAUUGUGUUGCAUAUAUUUCAUUUUUUCUUCAAAAAAUUUGUUUCGGUUUUUCUCUCGCUAUAUGCAAUCUGCGAAAAUAAUUUUGUUUGAAGUUUCCAUCCAAUCUCAUCAUAAAACGAUGAAAAAUUGAAUUUAUGUUCACACAAACGUAACAAACGAAAAAAAAAAAACAUAACCAGGCACAUACACCUUUGGAAAUGUUUCAAUUGUUUUUGGUCUGAACUCUUUCCUUGUCAACAACAUUCUUACUGUUACUAUAUUACGUAUUGUAUGUAACAAAUGCAUAAAAUCGAUAUCCUAGCCAAUCACGUCCCGUAUUUUUUUUUUUUUCAUUCGCAAAACACUGAUAGCUUGUAUAACACAUGUAUGCAAAUUUGAAAAUAAAAAAUAAUAAUAAAAAAUAAACUACAUUUCUAGUUGUCGGGAUUUUAUUGAACUGUGGCACUUUAUUGAAAAACUCACUCUUUUAUUGUCAAAAUAAAAUUACAUUUCAUUCAAAAUCCUGGACACAAAACUGUUGGAGGGGUUGGAUUAACUCGCCCGGAGAAUGGAUUGAAAUUAGCCCUUUAAAUUUUUGCAAAAUAUUGGGAAUUACUGAUAGUGAUAUUCGACCCAUAAAAAUGUCUGUAUUUUCGUUUUACUAGGGGCGCCAAGUAAGUAACUUGAAAAGGUUCUCUGUGUAUAU